UCCAGCCCGCUAUAAAAGCCGCGGUCCCACGCUGCCGUGCCAAAUGGGCUGUCAGACGCGAUUUGGAGUAACAAGUGGAUUUGACGUUUGGUUUUUAUCGUCCUCGCGCUUGAAAACACACUCGAACCUCGGCUACAGCAGGACCAUGGACUCAGAUACGAGCCGCGUGUCCAGCAGACCGUCCUCUCCAGAGGUGGACGACAUCUUCAUGUCCACCCUCAAGAAGUCCGUCCACGGCUUCUCCGGGGCUGUGUCGUCCACGCAGAGCGACUCCCCGUCGGAGAUCCCGGGUCUGCGGGGACUCUCCGCCGCCGACGAGGAAGCCCUCGCGCUGCGGAUGGCGUCCAAGAAGGACCGCAAACUCCUGUCAGAGAGCGAGCUGCAGUCGAUUCGCCUCAAGAUCAACAGCCGCGAGAGGAAACGCAUGCACGACCUCAACGUGGCCAUGGACGGGCUGCGGGAGGUCAUGCCCUACGCGCACGGCCCGUCCGUGCGGAAACUCUCCAAAAUCGCCACCCUGCUGCUGGCUAGAAACUACAUCCUGAUGCUGAGCAACUCGCUGGAGGAGAUGAAGCGGCUGGUGAGCGAGAUCUACGGCAGCAGCGGCCACCACGGCGGCUUCCACCCGUCCGCCUGCGGGACCCUGACGCACGGCGGGCCCGUGCCGGGACACCCGGCGGCUCCCCACGCGUCACACCCGGCCGUGCACCACCCGCUGCUGCCGCCCGCCGCCGUCUCCACCGCGUCGCUCUCGGCGCCCGGCAUCUCCGCCGUCACCUCCGUCAGACCCCACCACGGACUGCUCAAAGCGCCCGCUGCCGGCGCGGGGCCGCUGGGCAGCAGCUUCCAGCACUGGGGCGUGGGCGCCGGGAUGCCCUGUCCGUGCAGCAUGUGCCAAGUCCCGCCUCCGCAUGUGUCCGGCAUGAGCGCCGUCACCAUGCCGCGGCUGACCGGCGACUCGAAGUGACUCCAAACGGAACGGAAACGAACAUUUGCGCUGGUGACAGACUCUCUCCCCACGUUGUCACGUUUUUAUUUAUCUCUGCUGAAAAAGUUAAAGUUCAACGCGUUGCUUUUCUGCACUGGGACUUUGGGGUUUUGCAACUAACGUAGUGUUUUUAUGGUAAUUAACCUCAAUUGUAACAGGUGUUUCAAAGCACAACGAGCCUUCAGUUUAACCUGGAAACCUGUGAGCUCAGUCAUUUGUGUCUUCGUUUAUUUAAUUGCUGGUGCUUUGAUUUUUUGGCUCCGCGUGACCGCAGGAGGAAAAGGUCCCAAACCAUAGGCUCAAACCACAAAUGUAAAUAUGUAGAUGAAUUAUUCUGUUUAAAUAGUCGGAGAUAUAUAUUAUAUAGUCUUGUAAAUGUGUGGGAUGACUCCCCCGCCCCUCACAGGUUGCACCUGCUUUAUUCCAUGUGUCUUCUUUUCCAUUCCAGUGUGUGUUCGCUCCAGUUUGUCAUCCACUGGCCAACAAUAACCACUUGUUUAUUUUUUUAAUUAAAAAUGAAAAUGAUAUUUAUUUACUUAUUUUGGACCGGAGUUUCAGAUCAAUCUGUGAUUGUGUUGGGGUUGGAAAUGUAAAAUAAAGAUUAAGUGAAAAGAAAAA